UGGCAUCAUAAAGUUAAAACGAGUUUAGAAAAAGCAACCUAAAAUUGCGUUAUUAUUUAGUUUACUGUGUUUAACUAUUUUUUUUUCGGUUUUGAUAAUUGUUCACGUGACCGAGAAGGAAUAAAUUUAGCUUUCAAAAUGACAUAUUUAGAGAGUUGUCGUUAAAGAGGAAGAAAAAAUUAAACAAAUAAGAGCCAAUGAAGACUGACCACAUCUCGAACAGACUCAACAUGUUUCCGAACAGCGAAUAUGGCGCUAAUGUACGAUCAAGGCAGCAUGCCUCAUUUCAAGACAAACAACAAAAUAUAAACAAUAACAUUAGAGGUGUGCAUGAGAAUGACUUUUUUGUUCCCAGAAUUCCAAAACAAGAACCACUCGAUUAUCCGAUUUCUUAUGAGGAUGCGAGUUACAAGAAGGAUUACAGCCGGCUUCAGCACAACAGCUCCAUUGUCUCUGAUCAUACAUCUGUUAUUCCUUGGAAUAAAACUCCUUCGCGCUCAGAGGAUGAGAUGGUUUGCGACAGUAGCACAUCGCCGAUUUCACAUCGUCAGGGUAUAUUUGCCGUCCCCAAUGACCCGACAGAUACACGCAAAAGCAUCGGAGAAAAACAUGAUUUCCCUGUACGACCCAUGCCACAUAUGAUCCCUUCAGAGUUUUUAGCCAAUAUUAGUAGGCGCGGUCACCACAUGGAUCGACCCAACUCGACUGCGACAUCAUUACGAUCGACUGUGAUAGAUUUUCCAAGCAGAAACAGUAGCAGUUUUUCUAGUCCAAGACACUCUGCUAGGGGGAAGAAAAGGGUAUUAUCUAUUUCCCCGAUUGGAUCAGACUUGGAUUUAACCGAAAUUAUAAGAACUUCACCGAACUCAUUGGUUGCUUAUGUUAUAGAUAACGAAGUUCGUUCCGGAUUUGCGUCGCGCAAUUCCGGUAGAAAUUCUUCAUCAGCUUCCAUUCAUUCGCAUGGAUCAUAUGGCCAUUUAAGUCCUUCCCCUUAUAGUACACCUGUUCAUAUGUCGCGACAAAAAAAUCCUUUCUCUGCACCGCAGGCUCAUCCAGAAAGCCCAUCUUCUUCUUUUUAUUUAAGAAAGAAAUGGCCGCAUGGAGGCGGUCAUCCUUCAUUUCUGCCUCCACCACCUGCUAACGUUAACCAAGUCAGUUCGUCAACCGGUGAUUUAGGUAGCCCACAAAGUUCUGCCAAAGAAGAGGAAGAGGAAGUUUCUUUACCGCUUCCAAACAACAACACGGAGAAUGAGAAUAUCAACAAAGAAACAACAAACGAAGCUGUACCCAAAUCAACAAAGGAUGAUGAUUCAAUCGACGAAGAAGGUGCAGAACCGGAGAAUAUUCAAUGUUUGUGGAAAGAUUGUGGGCAAUAUUUUGACAAUCAAAACCAACUUGUUCAGCAUGUUAACACGAGACAUAUACAAAAGAACAAGAAAGAUUGCACCUGCUAUUGGCAGGAUUGUAGCAGAGAAGAGAAACCAUUUAAAGCUAUGUACAUGCUAGUCGUUCAUGUAAGACGACACACGGGAGAGAAGCCUCACAAAUGCCAUUAUGAAAAUUGCAACAAGGCUUACUCAAGAUUGGAGAAUUUGAAAACCCAUGUGCGGUCUCAUACUGGAGAGCGACCAUAUGUUUGUGAGAUCACUGGAUGCCAAAAAGCUUUCUCAAAUGCAUCUGAUCGAGCAAAACACCAAAACAGAACGCAUUCUUCAGUGAAACAAUACGGGUGCAAAGUACCUGGGUGUCCAAAACGUUACACGGAUCCAAGUUCUUUACGAAAGCAUAUGAAAACUGUACAUGGUGCUUUACCUCAACCGACUAAAAAGUUUAAAGCCGAUCGACCAAUCAAACGCGAGGAACAUGCUCAAUGCAAAGUUGAAGAAGAUGAUUCCGACGAUAUAAAAGAGGAGAAGAAAAAUCUUUCGCAGUGCAUGACUGUUAAAAAGUUUGCAAGUAGCAGUAAUCACAAUGGCAAUCAAAAUGGAUCCUCGUAUCCUACUUCCUCAAGCGGAAGUUCAGAGUACAGAAGGAGAGGAGCGUAUAUGCCAGGUGCACAUAACAACAGUCAGCAAAUUGGCGGCGGUGGAAACGUGGACUAUGGUGGUAGUAUUCCACGCAUGUGGGGCGUUCAGCAGGCUAGUCCCACUAGUACAACCAACGACGCUGAUUUAGCACAAGAACAAAACGACUACAUAAUAAACGCUUUCCAGGAAGAAGCAAAUCUAGGAAACGGUGUUCAAGUACAAGCGCCUGGAGUUCAAGUCAGAAAUUUCCCACGAGUUAUGAAACCCCUUGAACGGCUAUUAGACUCUAACAUAAACCCACUUCCUCCACGUCGUGGUAGUAAUGCAAGUGUUGGAUCAGCUGAUUCCAGUUACCAGUCAGGUUCAGAGACGUAUACAGGAAGUAGACGGGGUAGUGAUAUAAGCCUUCACUCGUAUACAUCGAGUGGUAGAAGAUCAGCUAAUCUUUCAAGUCCAAUGCCGUCACGAGCAUUAACUCCAAAUCGCAUAACACAAACCGUAAUUGAAGGAGAAGUCUUGGAACACUACAAUAAUCAAAAUACUCCUCCGAAGUCGUUUACAUUGGAAACCCGCGAUAACAAUUUGAAUGAUUUUGUAGCGCCUGUCACACAUAGUCGCGUGAGUAGUGGGUACGGUAGUCAAAACAGAUACUUUCCUUCUAAGAGUCCUUCGGGUCUUUCACCUGUGCCGCCAUCGGGUAACAGAGAAAUACGGCGUGCUAGUGAGGGUACUGUUAGAAGAAUGGGCGAUUUUAAUACUGCGUUACCAAACCGACCCUCAAUGCCACAGUUAAGGCGAGGAAGCGAGCCUCUACACGUACCACAUAUCAUUGAAAAUGUUCCACGAAGACAUUCGUUUCAUUCUUACAACCCUCUUCCCUUGCCUGCGACCAUGCAAAAGUCAUUCUCUGAUGAAUCUCCUAUGAUGAUGGAAGGAAAUAGCGCAACAACAACAACUAGUUCUGUGCCGAGAUCUUUCGCGAAUGUAAAUGCUGACGUUAUGUCAGCUGCCAAUGUUUUGCAAAUGAUGUCAAAUCAACCUCAGUACACUACACAUGCAAAACAACCGCAGCAGCAGCAGCAACAGCUUCAAUCACGCAAUCUUGUUGUCAUGCAGCAAGGGAGUGAUUUUCAACAGCCUUUUAGCUCCUGCCAGCAAUCACAAAUUAUGCAUGCUGUUGUCGAUUCUACAGUUUCUAAAAUGGAAUAUAGUGAGACAAACGAUGAUGAUCCAUUGACUUCAUUUGUCGAAAGUUACAACAUGUCCGAGCAGACUUAUCCAGUCAGCUCUUCGUCUGCUAUGAUAAACUCAAAUCUAAUUCUAAGUCAACAAAAUCGACCCAUGAACGAGAAUGACAUGUUGAACUCGAACCAAACUUUUAACCAACAAAGUCAUCAAAAAAUGCAAGUAAACCACCUAAUGCAACAAACACAACACUUUCAACAACAACAACAACAACAACAACAACAACAACAACAACGAUUGCAGCAUCAAAACAGACAGUCACAAAAUCAACGUCAGCAGCAACUCACAAAUGAACAAUCAAACUCUAGGUUGAGUCACCUGGGAAACUUUAAUAACAAUUCAUUUCUACAUCCACAGCAGCUAGAUGUACCUUACAGUCAGCCGGUGGAGAGAGGGACAUAUGACCUCACGCUGCAAUGGAGAGAUAAUCAUUUUCGAACAAAACAUGUGGAGGCGGAUUCCACAAUUGAUCCAUCUUUAGAAGAACUUAUGAUUCAGGGACUUGGUGAAUUAACGACACAAACAUGCGAAGAAAAUAUGUGUCGGCCUCAGAGUAACAUGGUUAUAAAUACUAUGAACACGCUUCUGUCGUCGUUUGCAGAAGAAAAUAAAUACUUUGAAAAUCAGUUACCUUUUGGUAGAUAUCCUUAAGACAUUGACAACAUUGAAGAAAUGUAAAUAAGUGUUUAGGGAAUAUAUUAUAGCAAUUAAAUAUUUCACGUUGUAUAUACAGAUUUAUCAUAUAUAUAUAUGUGUAGAUAUAUAUUUUUGUUUUACAUAAUAGACAAGUGCUGCGUAUCAGUAUAUUUAAAACAAUGACGACCAUAUGGCAACAAGUUAAAUUGACCAAUUUUAUGUAAGAAAAGCAUGUUUUGAAUUAUUGUUUGUACUUAUUCAAAGACUAACAUCUUUAGUCCUCUUACGAUCAUCUCUAAAUAAAACCAUGUUUAUAA